CUUUCUGUGUUGUGAAUUAUGAACUUACUAACCUUGAUUGAGUUUUAAAGACCAUAUAGAGAUCUGACGAAGGCAAGAAGAGCUUCUCUUUUACCAUAAAAAGGAGUGAAACUGAGGAAAAUGGAGACUACCGUGAGGAACAAACAAGUCAUACUUAAGCAUUACAUAAAGGGCUUCCCUGAAGAAUCUGAUCUAAUGAUAGUCACAGCUCCAGACACUAUGGAACUUACGGUUAAGCCCGGAUCAUCGACAAUUCUUGUGAAGAAUCUUUUCUUGUCUUGUGAUCCUUACAUGGGGACUUUCAUGAGGGAACCAGACUCCGGAUCAUCAUCAGAGGUUGCGGUGGAAACUUUAUCACAUUUGGAAGCUUUCGUCCCUGGCAAGCCCAUAGCUGGAGUUGGAGUAUCUGAGGUGAUAGAUUCUGAUGAUCCAGCUUUUGCAAAAGGAGAUUUUGUUUGGGGAAUUGUUGAUUGGGAAGAGUAUAGUACUGUUAAUUCCUUUGGUAGAUUCAAAAUCGAUAUCAGUAUCAAUGUUCCUCUCUCUUACUACACUGGAAUACUAAGUGUGACAGGCUUGACUGCUUAUGCUGGACUUUUCGAGAUAUGUUCACCUAAGAAAGGAGAGACCGUCUUUGUCUCUGCGGCUGCUGGUGCGAUUGGUCAGCUCGUGGGUCAGUUUGCUAAGUUGAUGGGCUGCUAUGUUGUUGGAAGUGCCGGAAGUAAGCAAAAGGUUGAUCUCCUGCUAAACAAAUUUGGAUUCGACGAUGCAUUUAACUACAAGGAAGAACCAGACCUUGAUGCCGCUUUGAAGAGGUGUUUACCACAAGGUAUUGACAUAUACUAUGAGAAUGUGGGAGGCAAAAUGCUUGACGCGGUACUAAUGAACAUGAAAGUACAUGGACGCAUCGCUGUAUGUGGUAUGAUAUCACAGUAUUUUAAAGAAACCCAAGAAGGUAUUCAAAAUCUAUCAGUAGUUGUCUACAAGAGGAUCAAGAUGCAAGGGUAUCUAGCUUUUGACUUCAUUGACAUAUUCCCUAAGUACUUGGAGUUUGUGGUUCCAUAUAUAAAAGAAAAGAAGUUGGUAUAUGUUGAAGACAUUGUUGAAGGACUAGAGAAUGGUCCUGCUGCUCUUGUUGGACUCUUCCAUGGACAAAACGUUGGGAAGCAAGUUCUUAAGAUUGCUUGAGAAUGAGAUACAUAGCCAAUUUUUUUAUUAUGGUUGUGUAGAAUGCUACCAACAUAUGCUAAGAGACAUGUGGUUUGCUUUAGAUAAUGGUGCUUAGAUAAGAACAGAACUGCUAGAUUUGUAAUUUGUUGCUCGAGAAUGAGGAUAUGUAUUGGUAAAUGCCUAUAUGAUUUUG